AUGAGGACGGGUUUUCCGAACACCUGUGAAAACCUUGAUAUCGCACAAGAUCUGCGAAAGACCUACAAUAUCGACGUGGAGCUCAAUAGGUUAAAAGUCGAUAUUGCAGCUUUACAGGAGACCAGGAUUGAGGACGAAGGCUCUUUACGGGAAGCUCACUAUACUUUUUACUGGAAGGGCAAGAGUUCCACGGAAACACGGGAGCAUGGUGUAGGAUUUGCGGUCCGUAAUCAACUUAUUGAUGCUAUUGAGACACCAGUAGGUGUAUCUGAGCGCAUCAUGGUCUUGCGUCUUAAUACAAAAAGCGGCUAUGUUACCUUGAUCUCCGCUUAUGCACCGACGCUUCAUUCCACAUCCGAGACCAAGGAUCAAUUCUACAACCAGCUUGAUGAAGUACUCCGCGGGGUGCGUCCAUCCGACAGGCUACAUAUAUUGGGCGACUUCAAUGCUAGGGUCGGUCAGGAUAAUACUGACUGGCCUGAUUGCCUAGGUGCAUGGUGUCGGUAA